GAAGUUAAGAACGUAAAGAAAAUCAUUCGCUGUUAUUUACCUUAUCAUAACACAAAUUUAUGGGUUUGAUUUAGACGGUACGGUGCGAAUUUAAAUCGAUAAACGCUAUGCUUGUGGGUUUAUUUGAUUUGAUGUCCCGGUAUCGUUGUUGAAAUCAAAAAAUGGAUUACGUAAAAAUAAAUUCAAUGAUGCGUUUCUUAUCAAGUGUAAUCAUUCGUUAGACAAAAUUAUAUAUGUGCAGAUAAAAUUGGAACAUGUGUAAAUCGAUUCCAUAUACCCAUCCAGUCCAUUCAGAUCGAUUAUACCAGAGUUUGUGUCAAGAUUUAUGGACUCGCAUAUAAAGCACUCCUUCUAGAUAAAAGAUUUUGCGCCUGCGGAACUGGAUAUUGAAUCUGGACAUUAUACAAUACCAAAUGUGAUAUCACAGUAUGUGUUCAUAAUACAGAUAAAGAUGAAGUGAUAAGAUAGUGACUGUUAUAUGGAUAUUAAAUAUCGUCAUUGUGCCAGUUAUUUGUUCAAAUUUAAAUGAAAGUUAUUCCUUAACGGUGUGUAAAUAUUCUUUAAUAUGCCCUUACGAUGAUUACGUAACUUUCCAAAUUUAAAUCGCCACCCUCUUUCUAUGUAAGAAUAUUCCGCUUAAUGAAUAUGUUGAUGUCAUUUAGUUCAUGGUGCAUUUAUACGAAGAAAAUCAAUAUAAUGGAACAAAUGUUAUCUUUUUCUUUGUGUUAAUUUUAAUGUAAUGUUCGCGGGCUUGAAAGUUAGAAGUACUUGUUCACGGAUUGGCGAUGUUUUUGAACUGUAUAAGUAAAUGUUCUCGUGUAGAUAUAGCGGAAAACAUGAAUCGACUGUAUUCGUGAACGUGUUUUGACGAAUAAUUCAAGGACUUAUUGGUCAAAAUGGAACUUGAAAAACCAAUUUUGGUAGCGUUCGAGCUGGGAAUACAAGAAUGCGGGAAUGCAUUUGUUCGCCGAUCCAGCAUAAACGAGUUGCUACAUGGUACCGUCAAAUCAGUUGACGCCUAUAGAAUACAAAAAGAACCUUCAAGCAUACUCUUAGAUCCAAUGCACAAACUAAUCUCUUUCGGAUUUGAAGCGAGAGAACGCUAUGCUCUUUUGGAGAAGCAAGAUACAGCCCAAGGAUGGAUACUGUUAAAUGAGUUUAUAGCCUUCCUCCAAGAAGAACAGGACUUAUCACGAAGCACGACCAUACAGGACGCAAAGGGAAAUUUGCACAGUGCAUUUCAAAUAAUUGCACAGCUUCUUCGGUAUUUAAAAAACAAAGCUUUGACCAUUUUGGAAGGUGAAAAGGAAACAGAUGUUCAGUAUGUUAUAACAAUUCCGGGAGGAUUAAACAAUGAAACUGCUAAAUUAUUUGUCAUCGAUGCUGCGAAAGAGGCUGGUAUAGACCCCGAAGUAUUAACGAUAGCAAUGGAAAAAGAGGUAGCCGCUCUAUGGAGUGCGAAAGUCAACACACGCUUGAAGGAUGAAUUGAAGGCUAAUGGGAGCAAGUUUUUAGUGAUUGACACAGAAGGCGAAAACGUCGAAAUGAACUUAUUCGAGACGUUAAUAAAUGGGAGCAUUCGAAGGCUAGAUUUAAAGCGUGCGAGUCAUUGCGGUGGUGGAUGUAUCGACAAACAACUGAUCGAGUUUCUGUAUAGUCAUACUGAUUUCGGUGCAUCCAAUCCAGUAUGUGAUAUCAAGGAUCCGGAAAACGAGGACCUUAUCAAUCACUUCCAAUCUCACAAAAAUACAUUUGAUGGACUAAAAUCUGUAACUGUUCGCCCACCUUUGAGAUUACUACACAGCUUCCGCUCGUCCGAGUACGCCACUGUUAUUUCAAACAAAAUCAAAAUAAAAGCAACUAUUGUGAAACAAUGGUUUAAACUUUGCGUGACAUCCAUUUUGAAAUGUCUAAGGCAUUUUAUAACAUCAGCAAAAGCUGUUCGAGUUAUUUUAAUGACCGGCGCAUUAGGACGCUGUCCUUAUAUUCAGCGUCAAAUACUGCUCGAGUAUUCGAAUGUUGUUCUUAUUGAAAAAGGCGAAAUUGUGGAUGAAGUUUUACGCGGGGCAUUGAUAAGCGUGAUGACUGUUUAUGAGACAUCUCCUGCAGCCAUCCAGCAAAAUCCAACAAUUCAAGUAGUAGGCGCGUUUGAUAUAGGCACAACCUACAGUGGAUAUGCCUUUUCCUUUAUCCAUAACCCGCGCAAAGUGCAGACAAAGAAUUGGUACGCUUGUGGUCCUUCGGCUGCACUGACUACCCUGAAAGCUCCGACUUGCGUCCUACUGAAUCCUGAAGGACAAUUCCACUCAUUUGGUUUUGAAGCUGAAAACCACAUUGCGAGCCUCGAUUCGAGAAAAGGAUGGAGACUUUUUAGACACUUCAAAAUGAUUCUUCAUGGAAAGAAGGCAUUAUCUAGAAGAACGACAAUUGAAGAUCUUAGUGGCGAUAGCCACCCUGCCAUGCCAAUUUUCUCCAUGGCAAUACGUUAUCUCUAUGAGCAACUCCUUGAGGCAGUUCGUCUGCAAGUUCCGGAAAUGCCAGAAGCAUGUUUUAAGUAUGUUGUGACCGUUCCUGCAAUUUGGGAUGACAACGCAAAACAGUUCAUGAGAGAAGCUGCCAUAAAUGCUGGAAUUGAUGGCCACAGACUGAAGAUGGUACUUGAGCCGGAAGUAGCUCCUCUCUGGUACAUGAAUGCUGAGGGAAACCAGAGCGUACAAACAGUUCCGGUCGGGAGUAAAUAUAUGGUGGUCGACCUUGGAGGAGGCACUGCUGAUGUAUCCAUCCAGGAGCGUUUACCAUACAACCAGAUACGUGUGAUUCAAAAAGCAAGUGGUGGCCCAUGGGGUGGUACUUGUGUUGAUAAGAACUUCAUCGCUUUUUUGGAAACGACGUUUGCAAAACACAAUUUUGCAGAAUUUCAGAAAAAUGAAUUAUGUGAUUACUUUGACUUGCUACAAAGUUUUGAAACGAAGAAGCGAUCAAAAUCAGACAGUUCGUUUUAUUUGCGCAUUCCAAUGUCGCUUAAUACGUCGAUCAAUUCAAAAACAAAAACAAAGUUGUUUACAUUCAGAAAGGCGAAAAAACAAAAUCCCAUUGAAAGAGAUAAACUACCAAUUGACUCUUCUACUUUUGUCUCAUGGUUUGCGGAACCUACCGACAUGCUAAUAAUGCAUAUAAAAAAGCAGUGUUUGAGCACCGAACUUAACGACCUGCGUACAGUUAUGCUUGUUGGGGGAUUUGCCGAAUCCACUUUCGUACAAGAGAAAAUCAGACGUGAACUUCCUGAAAUUCGUUUAGUUGUUCCGGAAGAUGCUGGUCUGGCAGUUCUAAAAGGAGCUGUGAUAUACGGACAUAAUCCUUCGUUAGUUGCAUCACGAAUUAUGCCUUACACAUAUGGCAUAGAGUGCCUAAAGUUAUUUGACCCAAAGAAACAUUUUGGACGAAUUAAAACUAAUAAAGAUGGUAAAUGGUUGGUGAGAAGUUUUCGAGUAUUUGUUAAAAUUAAUGAACAGAUCAAUGAAAAUCAUCGAGUGACCUAUUCAUUUAACCCUGUUUCAACGAUGCCUUGUACCUGUGUAUACAGAACAGUAUUGCCGGACCCAGAGUUUGUAACAGAUAAGGAAUGUGAACUGCUGGGAACACUUUCCAUACGCGUACGGGAAGACGUUCCGCUGGGUGAUCAAACGUACAAUGUGACGUUCAUGUUUGGAGACACAGAGCUGCUAGUAAUUGUGAAGGAUACGACAACAGGAAAGGAAGAUCAGCUUACCUUAAAUUGCCUUGAAUGAUACGGUUUCUAACAUUGCAAGUAUGUACGUACGUAUAUUCAGCUUCGAUGAACACCGUCUAGUGUAGACAGUGUUUAAUUGGAUCGUCAAACAUAUAUGGCAACUAUUCACCAAUACGUAUUAACGUGUAUUUAGGUUGACAUGAGAUGCAUAGGAUCUAAAUCUAUUUCCAAUUAAUAACCCCACAUGCCGUUGUAAAACAUGUGUUAAGAUUAAAAAAUUACCAAUCUACAGACUGUUAAAAAAAACACGCAUAGGAAGAAAAGUGUCAUGAAAUACAAAUAGAAGGGGACAAGUGUAUAUCAUGCUUGCAUAGUUUUUCUCUGGACUUGAUUUGUGACAUUGACCUUUUACUUAUUUGCGUGAACAAUGUGUGCGAAAGCUAUAAUCGGAACUUAUAGUGAUAGCUUUCCAGGCAUGUAGGAAGUAACUUUAGGAGCGAAAUUACACCAGUCAUUAUCUUUGAUCGUAAACUGUUACAAUUGUGGUAUUAACCUUUGCCCAUAAUGCAUGAGUCAUAAAAACGUAACAAUGGUGCCAACGGGAUAAUAAUCAUAUUUCGUACAAACACAUGCGCAAAUCAUGUUGCGAAUUUCCCAGUAGUGUAAAUAUCGUAUGUGUUUGACUGAAAUAUACAUCGCAUUCUCUUGUUGUAAAACUGUAAUACAUAGGAUUGCCAGAUCAACCCAACGUGUGUCUGUUUAAUUUCCACCAUUUCUUUGAAACGUUUAAGUGAUACUACAUGUCCGUUGCAACCUUAUGUAACAUGUGCGUUCAAAAGCGUUCAAUAAUCGGGAAAUAUAAACUAAGUGUGCAAGUUCAUUUGUUUUAAACUGGGGUGGCUUAUUAUUAAUUAAUGAUCGUUCCUUUCUAUUACAUUGUGAUUAAUUGUGUUCAUAUAUCAUAUGUCUAUCAAAAUUAACAUCUUUCCUCACUGGCACGAAAGAGCAAUUGUCCAUUUAUAUGAAAUUGUUUGUUUAUUUCGUCUCGUCAUCGUAUUUUAUUUUAUUCCUGUUUGUUAUGACGUAUUUUGUGUGUACAAUACAUUUGUAUAGGA